AUGGCGCCACGUGUGCUUUGCGUGUUACUCAUUACUUUCCAAGUUGUGUGCGCUAACGAACAAUACAGAAAUGAUGGAUUAAUGGACCGAUUAAGCAGCGGAAUGAAAUUUGCGCAGAAUUUACUUGGGUCCGAGUCUGUGGCAUUGAAAGUAGCAGAAUUUGUGGUUAGAGCUUUCCAAACGGCCAACAAACCGUCAACAACCAACAGAAGAUGGCCUCAAAAUGAUGUGCACAGUGAGGAAACUUCAUACAGUGAAAGCGAAUCAUAUACUCAGGACAAAGGCCCAGAUUAUGACGUCAAUGAAACGCAAAGUCCCCUGACACCUCUGCGUCAAAUAGUGCGCCUAUUUGGACUGCAGCCAAACCAAAUAAGUGCAGUAGCUGUCAAUGCUUUAGUCUUUGUAGCACAAAUGAUUUCAACAUUCCUGUCGGGACCAAGGCGGCCAUCAAAACCUUACCGAUCAGACGAUCCAAUGGCAUGGAUACUGAAUAAAAACUCAAGAAACCUUCAGGAUCUCAUCGCAGCUGCUAAAAACGAAUCUCUUCCAGACACUAUUGACGAUUUAAUUCAAGAACAAGGUUCUGAUGAAGAAACCAGUUGCAUUCGACUCUUAGUAUGCAAAGUAACCCCAUUUAUAAGUAGAAUGCAGAAAACCGUGUUUGGUAAUGAAGAAGAAGAGAAAGAUGCGAGGAUUCCAAAAGAACUUCGCGGUUCAGUGACAAUGUACCGCCAUCUACCGACGGCAGAAGAAAUUAACGCACGAAACGACAUCUGUGAGCGCCAGCAUAAAGAUUGUAAUCUCAAUGAAUGA